AAAGUGAUGGCGAAUGAUGAAACUCCCCAAGAUGAGCCAGUCAACAAAAUCGAGGAUGGAAAAGUGCCUCGGGUUGCCGGCUUCCGUCCAGCUAACCGUUCGGACCUUCCUCGGAUCUGUCAAAUGAUGGGAACCAUAACCGUCGAUUUGUUUGGAGACGUCGAUGCUGGCUACGUUUUCGAAAAAGCUUGCUUGUCUCUCGUACAAGUCAACGAAGAAGAGAGAAUCGUAUCGAACGUCAGCUUGUGCAAUUUCCCCAACGUUCCUUCGGUACCCCCGAACGAUUGGCUCGCUUGGAUAACGCGGCAUUACGAAGUGCCUGGAGUCAAUGAGAAAAACACAUUAUUUAUUCACCUUCUCGUCUGGGAGUGUCGUUACGACGAGGAAUUUAUAAAAAUGAUGCUCAACGAUAUAUUCCUUUCGACUUCGCACUGCCUCCAUGUGAUAAUGAUCGUUCCACCGGGAGCUAAAGUUCCUGCAGUGGAAAUGUUCAAUCAUAACAUGAAGAAGUUUCUGCCUGUCAACGAAAAGGACAACGAGAUGGUGCAAACGCUUUACGUCGGUCUGAGGAGUCAGGAGGACCCGAAACUUGCGAUACGACGUGCCGUAGAAGAAGACAACGACGAUUUGAUACCGAUAAUAGACGCAGAAUCGAAGGUCCUCAGAGAAAUCUACGGAGAUUAUUACAUCAGUGAAAUGAUGCGAUACUCCGACGAGGGAAAUCGACAGAUGAUCGUUGCCGAGAGCGAGGGUCAUGCAACGGGUGUAAUGUGUCUCAACAGGGUAUUCGACGUGGAUGUUUUGGUCGAAAAUUUCGAGCUCGUGCCGUACAACGACCUUCGCAAGUGUGCAGCGAGCGAGUCGCCGGAUUCGAAGUCCAGUUCGUCGUCGCGAACAUCGUCGAGCUCGUCGUCCGAUUUUACCAAGACCGCGAGCGCUGUGAUGGAUCCCGAGGCUCCAAGGAACCGGGAGCGGGAACGUUUCAGUGUUGCGAUUGCACAAACCCUUCGUUUCGAGGAUGAAGUCAGCGGCGAAAUCGACCCGGAGGGCUCCGCACAACCGAUCGUCAAGUCGGUCAAGUUCUCGGAGAAAUGGAGCGGAGUCAAUCCUUCUGUAAACUUUGAAUCCGUUCUCCGCACCAGCGUUUUUGCAGAGGCCAUCCACGAUUUGCCGCGUACGUUUCGUCGCCUUAAAUGAUAAUAUUCGCCGGAUAAAUUCACCUGGAAAUUGUGCCCCAGCAAACGAAGCAACGAUCUGAUAAAAACACACACGUUUCCAGUCAGGAGUCUCGCUUCGUCGAUCUACACCGACGAGGACGACGACGACCUUCCUCUGUCGUAUUACAGCGAUAAAACAGAACGGAGUUCCAGCCUGCAGUCUAACGCCGUCGAAACGAACGCCUUCGUCUUGGAACUCUUCAGCAUGAACAGUGGCAUCCACGAAAGACACGGCCGCGAUUAUCUCGAAGCGGCGUUCGAGUGUUUUCCGGAUCUUGAUUACUGCGUUAUGCUGCAACCUUCGACCCAGCCGUUUUUCACCUUUCUUGAAAAUUUUGCGGUGCCACUUUUUCUUAUCCUGAGACAAUUAGGCAUUCCCCAAUAAACUGGCGAGUGAGAUGCUCUCAAAAUUCAUUUAAAAGCGACUGGACUGUGCCAUGAUUUUUACAGCGAGUCCCAUUGCGUUUCGACCGAGAUUUUCCGAUGGAGUUGUACGUAACGCAUCGUGCGACGCUCUUAAGUUCCUUUACGUCCCGGGAAGCGAUUCCGUACGAUCGAGAAAUGAUCGUGCAUUUGCUCCGGAAAAUACCAAAGAAGAAAGUGAUACUCGACGAUUUUGACGAGACGAUUAUUUACCCGGAAGGAGACAAGCGCUGCUACGUUUUUUUGUGCGGCGAGCACUUAAUUGGGCUCGCUAUAAUUCGGUAUUAAUUCAACGUAAAACAGCGAAGGACCACUCAGGACUCAGGUGCUUGGGAAAAUCAUUUGGUUUUUUAUCGCAGCUCGGAAUUACGCCUCGAUGAAUUGUACCGGAAUUACGACGUGGAGAGUUUCGUAUCGAUGAAAAAUACUCUGAGAGACGAUCAUGCACAACUGCUUCACUUCAUCACGAUUCCAGUCUUUUCUGUUCACGACAAAAUAUUCUUUUGCGAAUUGAUGCGCCUGAGCUUCACUACGGUUCUAUAUUAUCGACUUUACGACUGCGAGACAACCGUCGCCGAUUUCCCAUUCCAAGACUUCAUAACUCUGUACGGGAAGCACGAUAGCAUGCUCAACAAUGUGAAGCUUCGUUUUCGGGCAAGUGAAGUUCCCAAUAAGAGUAAUGAAAUUUCGCUAAUUGUAUACUGAGAAAUGCUAAAGCGUUGUCAAAAAAUUCGCAGUACUCGUUGAUCAUCGACUUUUUCGCGUACUUCGCUGAGCCCUGGGCAGCAGCACUCUUUCACGAUAGAUUCGAUGCCUUGAGACUCGAAAACCGCGCCAUACUCUUGUCGGAAGCCGGCAUGCAAAGCAGUUCUUUGAUCGAAGACAUCAUGAACGUAUGCAUGAAAUCAAAUUGGAAAGAGCUGAGCGAAGAAAACUCUCAAGAUAUCGAGUCAAAAUACGCGGGUUCAAUUUACCAGGAGGCGAUAUCGAGCAACGUGAUGAAUUUUCUACAAGAAGCGGAAGAAGUUUUGCCGAUGUAUUGCAAUCCAUGUAAACUGAGACGUCAAUUACAAGACGAUUGAGGAGUUGAUGAAUACGAAAUCGUGUGUUGGGGAGGAUAAAAAUGAUGAAAACGUUUUGUGUGAUGCGUAUGAGUAGGAAUAAGAUGCGAACACGUAUAGUCGAUUUAAUAGUCACGAAGCUCCAGGAAAAAGGCAGUGAGAGGGACUUGCCUAUGCGAAUAAUGCAGGGAAAGAGGAAUUCGUUUAUCGCUGUGCGAGUCAAGAGACAAGUUGAAAUUUCCUGUUCAUAGGCGAGGUCAGCACCAACGCGACGACAAUUGCUGCAAUUUCUUUGUUGUUGAAUACACCGUAUUGGCCUGACAAAGGUUCGCGAGGGAAUGAUGGAUAAUCAGACUGGAAAGUCGUCUAUGUGCGUGGGGAUGAUUGUGUGCAAAAAAAUGAACGUGCCAAUAUGAAAGUGCGUUUGACACAAAGCAUCGUGGAAUCAAUGAAACUUGGAAAUGCUUCAAUGAUCGGAGACAUUGAAACAAAUUGUUGAAAAUACUUUCAAUUUAUUGGAACAGGGGAGACUGGGGCUAGUUUGCCAACGGGACAAGUUGACUAAUAAACAAUAACACCCAAACUACGAAAUGUAAACAUA